UGUUUCUGGGUCGCGGGCCCCGGAGGUUGCUCCGCCGCCGCCGCCCCUUGUUGGGAGACGCUGCCUCUAGUGAAUCUUCUCCCUUUAUUAGGGGAGAGGCGGUGCCGUUUGCGCUGGGUGACUUUUUAUUUUUUAUUUUUUAAAUCACGGGUUCAUUCAUCGCGAAUCUCUUUCAUCAGUUUUACAAACCCCCUUACACACACACACACACACACACACACACACACACACACACACACACACACACUUCCUGUCUCCGGUGUCCCUUCUUUGAAAGUGUCUCCUUCUCUCCCUUCCGUUCCUCUGGCGAGCCUCGACGCGCAAUUUCUAGGGUCUCCUUCGAAAGCGGUAGUCAUUUUGGCAAGCCGAUUCCUUUCCGGCGGGGCAAACUUCGUGCUCCGAGUUUUAAUACGCUCGUCGGAAAGAUGCAUCAAGAGGUGCCCCCAAACACCUGAGGCAGAUGGAGAUAAGGAUCAGCGGACAGUGACCAUCAAUCCUUGUCAUAUGGGAAAGGCAUUCAAAGUCAUGAAUGAAUUAAGGAGCAAGCGGCUUCUUUGCGACGUGGUAAUUGUUGCUGAAGAUGUUGAAAUCGAAGCCCACCGUAUUGUCCUAGCAGCUUGCAGUCCAUAUUUCUGUGCAAUGUUUACAGGAGAUAUGACGGAAAGCAAAGCAAAGAAGAUAGAGAUCAAAGACGUUGAUGGACUAACCUUAAGCAAACUAAUUGAUUAUAUCUACACAGCAGAGGUAGAGGUCACAGAAGAGAAUGUCCAGGUUUUACUGCCAGCUGCCAGCUUGUUACAGCUAAUGGAUGUUCGACAGAACUGUUGUGACUUUCUUCAGUCUCAGCUCCACCCCACAAAUUGCCUUGGAAUUCGCGCCUUUGCAGAUGUGCACACCUGCACAGAAUUAUUGCAACAGGCCAAUGCCUAUGCAGAGCAGCAUUUUCCUGAAGUGAUGCUUGGUGAAGAAUUUCUUAGCCUAAGCUUGGACCAGGUUUGCAGCUUGAUAUCAAGUGACAAGCUCACAGUGUCAUCAGAGGAAAAGGUCUUUGAAGCUGUCAUUUCGUGGAUUAAUUAUGACAAAGAAUCUCGCUUGGAACACAUGGCAAAGCUGAUGGAGCAUGUUCGUCUUCCUCUCUUGCCCAGAGACUACCUUGUGCAGACAGUUGAAGAAGAAGCUUUAAUCAAGAAUAAUAAUACAUGUAAAGACUUCCUCAUUGAAGCCAUGAAAUAUCACUUGCUUCCUCUGGAUCAGAGACAGCUGAUAAAAAAUCCUAGAACCAAGCCAAGGACUCCAGUCAGUUUGCCAAAGAUAAUGAUUGUGGUGGGUGGGCAGGCACCAAAAGCCAUUCGAAGUGUAGAGUGUUACGACUUUGAGGAGGAGCGAUGGGAUCAGAUUGCUGAACUUCCUUCUCGGAGAUGCAGAGCAGGGGUGGUAUUCAUGACAGGCAAAGUCUAUGCGGUGGGAGGUUUCAAUGGCUCUUUGCGAGUUCGGACAGUCGAUGUGUAUGAUGCAGUGAAAGAUCAGUGGACAUCUAUAGCUAGCAUGCAAGAAAGGCGAAGCACUUUAGGAGCUGCUGUGCUCAAUGAGCUCCUGUAUGCUGUUGGUGGAUUUGAUGGAAGUACUGGUCUGGCAUCUGUGGAGGCUUAUAAUUAUAAGGUCAAUGAAUGGUUUUUUGUGGCGCCUAUGAACACAAGAAGAAGCAGUGUUGGAGUUGGAGUUGUAGAGGGUAAACUCUACGCUGUUGGUGGAUAUGAUGGAGCAUCACGCCAGUGCCUUAGUACUGUGGAGCAGUAUAAUCCAUCUACAAAUGAAUGGUCUUACGUUUCUGAUAUGAGUACUCGGCGCAGUGGUGCAGGGGUUGGUGUUCUUAGUGGUCAGCUAUUUGCUACUGGAGGGCAUGAUGGUCCUUUGGUGAGAAAAAGCGUGGAAGUGUAUGACCCUGGAACAAAUACAUGGAAACAAGUAGCAGAUAUGAAUAUGUGCAGAAGAAAUGCAGGUGUGUGUUCAGUGAAUGGACUUCUUUAUGUAGUUGGGGGAGAUGAUGGCUCUUGCAAUUUGGCCUCUGUAGAAUACUAUAAUCCUGUCACUGACAAAUGGACACUAUUGCCAAGCAACAUGAGCACUGGAAGAAGUUAUGCAGGUGUAGCUGUGAUCCAUAAACCAUUGUGACACCCAUUUGUGUGAAUGCAACACAAGAAAUGAUGUCUGUCUAGUUGUGUUUUGGAAGACACGGGGGAUUUUUAAUUGCCAUACUAACGCCGCACUUCUAGUCUGACAAGCAUAUAUAAUAAGAGCAUCCCUUUCUUCUCAACAUGCCACUGCUGGGAACAAAUUCCAGAAAUAAGGUGUUGCUUAUUUUGUGGGUGUUCUGUUCUGUUUUUGUGUGAGCUGUUUUAUGUACAGCCAGGAUUGAGAUUGAAGUGAAUUUCUCAAGAAAGAGGAAAUGUUUCUCUACAGCUUGUGACUGGGAGAAACUUUUUUAAAAGAAUUCUUUACUACUGACAGUGAAUUAAGUAUUAGACGUAAUUUUUUACUUGGUUAUAAAUACUUAAUUACACCCACAGAAACUAGAAAAACUGUCAGGGAAGCCGACCCGAAGUUUAUUUGCUGUAUUGUAUCCAAUCUGUGUACAUAUCCUAUUUGACUACUGUAAAUGUAUAAUUUUGGGUGCUGGAAGUAUCCACUGUAUGAUUUUUCUCUUGUGGCAAAAACCCAGAUUCAUCAAAUUGGCUUGAUGAGCCAAGUAGUGUGUUUCUCUGAACUUCAAAUGCCCAAACACCAGAAACACCGUUGAAAUGCAGUGUUCCACUGCUUUUUGAACAGACUUUUUUUUUUCUCAAGGUUGACUUUGGUGGAGUGGAGUGAUGGGGAAAUGUAAUAUAUUCGUUGGCAACAAUUGAAAAACUAAUCAGAAAAAGCAAGCUGAACCUGCAAUCUGUUUUUGGUACUGUGAUAUUGUGUCAUCUUCAACAGUGUAGAACAGGCCUGUCAAACUGGCGGCCUGUGGGCCAGAUGCGUCAUGUGCAGGCCACGCCCACUCUGGCUCUGCAAAGGCAAAAAAGUCACAAUACGUUGCAAUAUAUCAUGUGACGCAAUCGAGUUUGCCAUCUGUGGUGUAGAAUGAUGGAAAUAUGCCACAAAGUUCCACAUUGCAACUUUUAUGACGAUUCGGGGAUUUCAGGUGGACCAUAAGCCACUUAGGAACAGACGCAGUAUUGUGCCAGAAUGAUAAGGUACUGCCAAGUACAAGAGCAGAGGUAAUUUGGGGCAAGGUUUUCUAUGGAAAUGCAUCUUCAGAAGAUCAAAGGGGAUAUCAAGAAGACUGGAACAAUCUUCUAGGAAAUCCCAGCUAAGCUUUGAUUAGAAGGAACUGGGUUCCUGCAUAUACCUCUCAUGCAUUUGACCAUACAUUAUCAGUUGCCCAAGAUAUUUAGAACUUUUAAGUGUCUUUCACUUCAUCAUCGUUUAACUCUUCUAGUCAGAGCUAUCCUUCCAAAUGUUAUCCACACGUUUGCUGUUCUAUAUGUAAAAGCAAAAAUGAUUUGGAAUUAAUUUAUUCUAAAAAAAGGAAAGGUAAGUGACUUCUCAGAAUAGGGAAGAUGUCCAGCUAUACAACUUUAUCUAUAUCCAAUCCUAUUAUAGCUAAAAAAAAUUUUUUUAAAAUCAAAACUACCACCACAUGGAAAAUAAUUCUGUUGCUCAAAAUAUAUUCUUAUUUUCUUCCAAUUUUUCAGUCAGGUAACAUUCCCCAAAGCAUCUAUUUCCCUAUUCGUCACUAUCUUUUUCUUUAAUACAUUUUCUGUUUUAUUUUGAUUUAAGAAAAGCAUUUAAAUCAUUUGUCUUGCUUUCACUUUUUCUGUAAUUAAAGCAACUGUGAAACAUUAGUGAAGCAGAAAAUGCAAUUGAACAUAAUUUUCAGUAAGUGUUUCUAAAGGCAAGACUGGAUUAUUUUUUUUAUAAGGGAUUUCUUCUUUUUAAAAACAAACUCUUAAUUGUUCUUUUUUGUAUAUUGGCAGAGAGGGUAUAGUACCAAAGGGUAAGAAUGCACAUAGAAUAAUUAUAGCUGCUGUUUAAAACUCUUUGAGCAGUAAACUGAUUAUUGUCUGUUUAACACAUACUUUAAGGUAAAAUACAUGGCAUUUUCUUCAUUUGUCUUUCUUCCUUUUUACUAAGGUUGCCUGUCACUAAGGAAUUUAUUUUUUCAAAGCUGGGAACAAUAACUACAUUGCAUCAAUUGCAUUUUCUAUACUGAGUUUGAGGGUGAAUAAAGUACAGCUUCCUUUUCUCCACAUAGAAGUUCCAUUCAGAGUCAUUGAAUAUGGACCUCCUGUGGCAAAUCUCUAGUCCUUCUGAGGAAGAUUUGAGAAUGCCAUGGAGAUUUUGACAGAGCUUAGUCAGGCCUGGCUCGGAUGUUUAUUGCUGAGCAAUAAAUGAGUUGAGUUGACAUUUAGCUAAAAGCAAACAAGUCUCAUCCUGCCUGAAAGUUAAACGUGAACUAGGGCUUUGCAUGUGAUGGUAGUAAAUAACAUUAAAUGCUUUAUAAACAAGUAGACAUGGAACAGGAUUUAAACUUUCUAUUUUUCCCUCACUACCCACACAAACCUCCCAAGAAGAUUUGGCCACCAUAGUUUUUGCUCAAAAAUCUCUAGGAUGAUGUCUGAGUAUAAAUUCUGUCAUCCUCAUUGGGGAAUCAUCUGGGUGUGAUUCUGUUAAUCCUGCCUGUAGCACAUGUGAAUCACGCAACAGGUGAAAAACGCUUCCAGUAAUCUGCAUGUGAAGACCACGGUAUGUAAAUCAGUCACGUCUUUGAACUAUGAUGAGAUUUUUUUUCUUUUUGCUCUGUGAUGCUAAUUGAGGAAUUUGCGAAGUAGUAAGAUGCCAUGUUUACCUCAUUUGAUGAUGCAAGUAUUUCUACAAAUGUAUAUGCACUAAAAUCCAACUUCUUAUCAAAGCUAUAUGCAUGCUACAUUCCACCACUGAUAGGCAAUGUAUGUUGCUGUCUAGCUCUACUAUAAAGUGGCCCCUAGGUUCCCAUGUGACAAACGGGGGUGGGUGGGGGAAUUAGAAACUUGUGUGCUGGCUGUUCAUAAACGGCAUUGGUUUCAGCUAAGAGCCACUUAUCACUAGCAAAUGGUAUGUGUCACUCUUCUGUGGGUAAACUUGCAGGGUUAAUGCAAGUCAAGUGACCUCAUUUCUCAGCUAUGCAAUAUUAAUAAUUGUGACACAACAACCAGCUGCAAUUGCCCUUUCAAAGCGCUUUUGAAAUAACUUUCAUUUGCACCAUGCCAAUUCUGAGCCGCAGCUUUUCAAAGAUUGCCUUUUUAUAGGGCUUGGAAAUACAGCUUUAGAGCUGGCAAAUUUAAAUGUAAUUAUUUUUGUAAGAUAAUUCUUAAUGAGUUCUUGGAUCUCUUUUGAUGUUGGUGGCAAUUAUGAUUAGUGUCUAAUCCUUACACCAUGGGCCCAAUUCUCACCAGCCAUUUAUUUAUGAUGGCUUAUGGAAAGGACACAAUCCUGCUCAAUGUUAAUUAACAGUGGACUGUUACCUCUAUAUUAGUAAGAUUCUGAACUAAGGCACACAGCUAUGACCACAUGUUCAUCUAUUGGCUUUUUUUUUCUUAAGAAAAUGGACAUAAUUUGGCUUCAACUUGUACAUCAGGGUUGCUUUAUUUUCUCUUUGGUUCUCUAGUAACAAUAGGCUCUGCAGCUCAAUGCUAAAGACAAAUUUAGAAGCAGAGUCUCUUUCCAAGAUGGCUUUGAGAGAGCUAAUCUUGUUCAAAUAUUAUUGACUGAAGCUGUUUUACAAUCUCUUGUCCAAAAGCUGACUCAUUUGAUUGUGAAAUAAUCUUCCAUAAAUCCGGAUUAUAGAUGCAAAAGUUAAAAACCAUUGCGAAAGACUGUUUUUAUGUCUGUGCUCCACAUAUGCUCCUAAACAUAGUGCAGAUUUUCCUUCGUGGAAGCUUCUGGCAGAGAAUCCCGUCCCUCCCCCACUAUUUUAAAGGAAAUCUGUAUGACGCCAACUAAAUUGGGAUGGAUAUACUAUUAAUUUUCUCUUUUUCAGUUGCUGUUGUAGUUCAUUAGAUGGUACAUAAGCGGGGUGCAAAAAUCCAAGAUUUUCAUGUGUCUCUGUUGCCAUCUAGUUGCUGCCUGGAUUUUUUAAAAAAAACCAGAGAUCAAUGAACAGCCUAACCUCAUUGAUAUUUCAAACUUAAGAAUUUCAGCAAUUGAGGUUUGCAACCAGCGAGCUUAUUGGAGAAGCUUAUGUCUAGAUAUUAAAGCACAAAGUACUACUGUAUUUAAAAUGAAUUCAGAACCAAGUGCUGUAUUUAUGUGGCAUCUGUAAAUGGGGCUAGUUUCUCUGCCCUAGUAUUACAAAUUAGCUGCUAGCUUUAUUUGAAUUUGGGUAUCAAUUGGCUUAAAUAAAGUUCAGACAGGUUAGCUGGAUUUCAUUUUAUAUGCAACUAGCUUUAGCCAGAUUCUGUCUAUAUAUAUAUUCAAUAGACCCUGAAUAACACUGCAUGGUUAAGCAGUGAAAAGGGAAUUAUUUUUAUUUUUUGCACUAUAUGUAUAUUGAAUACUUUGGAUAUUAUAUUAUUUACCUUUUCAAUCAAACGAAUGCAUGCGUCCACUACUUAAAUGGGCUUGUUUCCUGCUUAUGGGUAGGAAUAAAGAGUUACUUGAAGGCACUGAAGGAAAAAAAAAACCUUUUAAAAGAAUUCACAUUUAGAGCAUAACUGAAUUAACAGAUUAGGGUAAUAUAAAUUGCACAGUGUUUCUGAAAACACAAAAUGAUUACUUUUGUUUGAAUUUCAGACAUUUAGAGAUUGUCUUUUGCAAUCCAGUUUUCAACUGGAUUCCAUUGUUUGUUUCUAAAUUAUCACUCCAAGUUAGAGUUUAAUCCUGGAUUAUGGAUAGAUGAUGAUUUGUUGCCAUGCAAAAUCAGGAGGGAGCCUGUAAGAUGCUGCUGGUGCUUAUAAUGGUUUGGUUAAGGCUGACAUCUGAAUGUGCUCAAUAUGUGAUAAGUAUAUCAUAUGAUAAGAAUCCAAAAUACUUUGUUUCCAAUAUCCUAAAUUAUUUUAUUUUUGUGUGUGGUAGCAAUAAACACUAAGAGGUUUAAUUUAUAAACAAUGUUUAAACAUAACGUUUAAGAUACAGUUUAAGACUAACAGAUGAUUAUAAAGGCAAAGCUUUUUAAAAAAAAUAAAAUAAAAUAAACUAGACUGAGAUACAAUGUAGCUGUGAUCCUGUACUAUUUACAGCCCAAUCCUCUGCAUGUUUGCCUCUGCAUACUCAUUUUAAACCAGGAUUGUCAAACUCUCGGCCCGCGGGCCGGAUGCGUCACACGCUGGCCACGCACACACCUGUUUUAGCGAAGGGGGAAAACGACCCGAUAAGUCACAUGACGCCGUGAGUUGACACCCCUGCUUUAAACAAUGGGAGUUAAUUCUAAAAAAACCUGCACAAGAUUGCAGCUGUAAUUGGUUCUAUGACCCUUCAAUCACAUUGCCCAUAAUAUUGAUUUGAUAACUCUUUAUACCUGAUUAAUGCUGAAGGAGGAACUGGUUGGUAGUGCGAUUCUAUUUCCCCGCCUUUCUUUCGGCUUCAAGACUUCAUAAAAAUGUUAACUUGUCAACAGGAAGUUAUAUGUAUUUUCUAGAACAUUGAAUUUUGGUUGAAUAAAGUUGAGCAAAUGAAACUGA